CGAUAAAAUAUCUAAUAGAAGAGUAUUAUAAUUUUCUUUUUAUAGAUCAAUUCAAUAUUAUUAUUUAUUACUACUUUCGAGUUUGUUUGGUUCAUUAAGAAACAAUUUGAUUAAUAUAAUACUACAUAAUUGUUACACGUAUUAUUUUGGAUUGUUGAAAAAUAUGUUUUCUUUCUCACGUUUUGUUUUGUCGAUGGCAAGGAAUUCAAUACAACGACAAUAUAAACCACAUAAAUUUACACAAAUUUUACCACCUUUGUCUAGGUAUUAUGCUAUCAGUAAGUUAUUAUGUAUUACUUUUUUUAAUUCUAAAUAUAUUUACUGUGUCAGAGUUCCGUAAUUUUGUUCAUAAUACUGAAAUUUAACAAUUACUGUUUUGCAUAUAUUCACAUACCUAACUUUUUUCAGAUAAGUUUUACAAAACAACAAAUAUUAUUGAAAAUAACGAUUCUUAUGGAAUAUUACUUGACAAUAGCAAAUUAAAAACGCCUUUAGGUAAUGAACUCAUUGUAAAUAGUAAAGCAUUAGCUCUUGCUAUUGCUGAAGAAUGGGCGAUGCAAAAAGAAAAAAUCCAAACAGAUUCUAUGCAUUUGGUAACAUUUUCUGAAAAUUGGUUCUUUAUAAAAAUGUAUAUUAAUUUAUUUACAUUUAUUCAGACAAAGUUGUGUUUCCUGACAGUGGACAAUCCUAGUGGUCUUUCAGAAAAUGAUGCAGUUCAACAAAUAUUAUCUUAUUUGGAGACAGACACAGUAUUUUUCAUUUCUGAUGUAAUUUUCAAUUUACUAUUUUAUUAGAUAUUUAUAGUAUAAGUUAUUUACAAUUUUUCAAAUAGACAGAUAAAGAAUUGGAAAAAUUGUUAAUGGAUAAAUGGAUUCCAUUUAUUAACAAGUUUAAUGGAUAUUUUGACACAAAUUUGAAACCAUCAAAAAGUAUCUAUGUUGAAACCUUUGAUAGCAAAUCUAAAGCAACAAUUGAAAAGUAUUUUUUGUCUCUUGGAUUCCCGGCUCUGCAUGGUAAAUUUAAUACAACAUUAUUUAAUAUUUUACAGGAGCUCGAAUUAUAUGUUAUAGGUAUUUUUGUUAUAAGUUCUCUAGAUAAAGAUUAAGAUGAAGUGUCUUAUUUUGCAAUACAUUUAUAGAUUAAAAGUAUAGAAUUCCUUUUAAAAAUGAAAAAAAUGAUACACAACAAACCAUACGUUUUGUGUAUUAAAAACAUUUUUCCUAUUUUAGAUACAAUUGCUGUAACAUGUAAUUUGGGAGACCCACAUAUUUGUUUCAAUACCUAUACUGUAUAUCAGUGGUCUUCAACCUUUUGGGACUCACGACCCACUUUUUUAAGCAUACAUUAUUCGCAACCUACAUAAGGCAUACAUAAAGAAAAAAUUUUUGUACAAAAACAAAAAAAACAAAAUCUAAAAUUACUUAAUACUUUGUAGUAGUACUGUUAUAACUGAAUAAAUAAAAAUAAAUAAAUUUUUUAACGGAUAUGUAAAUAUGACUAGGAUAAUAACUUACAUUUAUUUGUCUUUAAACACAGUAACAACAUCGACAAUGUUCGUAGAUUUAUGUUACUCUUUAAGGAUAAUAAUAUAAUAUAUUUAUUUUAUUACUAACCCGGUUUACUUGUAAAUUAUUAUAUUUAAUGUCAUACUACGUAAAAUCAUACCAGUAUAUGAAACAUAUACUGUGUUUUUAAAUUCAUUAUACUAUUAUAUUUUUGAAUAUAAAUUACAUAAUAUUGUUUAUACAUAAUAUAUUACAAUAAUUUUCAAACUAUAUUUUCAUUUAGUAAUUUUCUAAAUUUAAUAAUUAAACAAUUAUUUGUAUACCUUAUAUAAUUGUAUAAACUUAAUUUUUAUUUCAAAAAGAAAACUUAUCGUAACCCAAUUUUUAAGAUUACUUGACCCAAAAAUGGGUCGCGACCCACCGGUUGAAGACCACUGCUGUAUAUUAUUCUCUAUCCAAAAUUAUAAUAGUGGUUGGCGGUGACAAGUUUUUGUCAUUAACGAGAUCAGUGGUCAGAGCCCAUUCUACCUCCCGCUUGAUCAACCACCUGGUGCUCAGCAGGGGCUGAUUAUGACAACCGCAAAUAAACACAACACAGUUCACUUACAGUUACAGCUACAGUUCACUUAUGAUGACAUAGUAGGUACCUAUUUAAUGCACUUCAAGUUAUUUGUGCUAGUCAGCUGUCGAUUAUAGACUAAUAGGCCACGCCUAUGCACAGAACUCAGCUGCCGACUACUAUUCUUAUUUUGGCUAGAGUAUUGGUAGUCGAAAAAUAUUUAUUUUAUUCUAACUUAGGGGUUUUGCAUGCUGUUGAAACUCUUAAGUCAUUAGUAUUAGCUACAUGUUGCUUAAAUCAAGAUUUAUCUGUAAAAGAUGCCGUUUUGUUGUCUAAAAUGGAAGAAGAAUAUCAGGUGAUAAUAUGAUUAUUUAAUUAAGUUUUAAAAAAUAAUGUUUUGUGUUUAAAAUUUUAGUGUAUGAAAUGGGGACGUGUGGAUUGGAUUAAAGAUUACAUUGACAAUGAUUCAGUAAUCAGAUUAUCAGCCGCUAUGCUGUUCACAUAUUAUACCCUUAACAGAAAUCAUAAACCAUUGGCUAAACAAGAUAAUGAAAAAAUGCAACAGUCUGUAAAGAAUUAAACUAUAAAAUGUAGUUUAAUAAUUAAUAAUAAUGAGAUCAUAAAAAAAUAAGUACAUAAUUAUUAUUGUUAUUUUUUUAAUACAAUUGAGUGGUAGUAUUUAAAUUUUUAAUAAGACUUCAUUAGAUCAAAUUUAUAUUUAAAAAUACAUCCUAGGAUAGUGGGGAUGGGUGGACUCACUGUUAUAUGCAAUUAAAUGUAUACCUGUAGGCAACAAUGAACUAUUGUUUACAAAAAAACUUGAGAUGAGUUGAGUUGAUAGUGAAGUUUUGUCAACAAUAUACGAGGUGUGGCUAUUAAAUAACGAGACUGCUCGCCUAGAAGGCGCCCUAGAUUGGUAGUAAAAAAACCGAGUAAUGCGUUGGGUAUCUAGAUAUCUUAUCUAUGCACGUACCAAAACACGUUUUCGUCACUAUUAUAGUAUUUGUGCAGUGGUGAUUUGAAACGAACGUGUUUUUUUUCUCGUGACGAAAAACAGAAGCAACGUAUCAAUCUCAAAUUUCUCGUUAAAUUGAAAAAAACUCUGACCGAGUGCUAUAAAUUGUUGCAAGAGGCCUAUGGAGGCAAUUCUCUAUCUCGUGCACGUGUUUUUGAGUGGUAUAAGCGCUUCAGUGAGGGCCGAGAGAGCACUGAAGAUGACCAGCGUCCAGGUCCCCUUGUCACUGUUUCAACUCCGGAAACAGUGACCAAAAUCAACCAAAUUGUGCGUGCAGAUCGUCGAAUGAGCAUCCGGAUAAUUGCCGAGGCUGUAAACGCCGAUAAAGAAAUGGUUAGAAAAAUUUU